UUUUUUUAAUGGUUGUGCCAGUAAACAUUGGUUUAUUAAUAAUUCGAGGAAAUACAGACAAUGUUAAACGCAAAUUACAACGUUUAUUGGAAUUAGCAGCCUCAAAAGUUGCCCAAAAACUUUAUGUUCAUUUGGAAGAAUCUGAAUCAUUUGAAGAAUUAUUGCCUGCAAUUUACUUGAGUGCUGCUUGUAUUAAAUCUGAAGUUGAUUUUCGUGUUUUAAUGGAUAGAAAAACGGUGCAAGUUGACAGGGUUUUUUAUGAUAAGGUUUGGAAUUUUUUCAAUUUUAAGGGGAUUUUUUGGAUGGGGGGUGGAAUUAGGGGGGAAUUUUCUAUUUUGAUAUAUAGGUAUAAUAGUGUGGUUGACCUUUCAUCAAGUUUUUGCCAUUGGAGUUUCGCCAGUCGUUUUCUAAAUUAUAACUUUUGUCUCUUGCUUUUUAAAUUUUAUUUCGGCAUACCCCUGGUUUACUGA